UACGCUUUAGGCUGGGGUUCUCUCGCCUAUACCUACCUCUCAGGACUCUUCCCUUACCACCAACGCUCCCAAGGGAUCGCAGUAGAGCAACUGACCGGCCGUAUCGCCCUGUUCAUCAAUGCCUAUAUCAACCCGAUUGCUCUCGACAAGAUCGGAUGGAAAUACUAUCUGGUGUACUGCGUCUGGAUUGCGGUUGAGGUACUCACCGUGUACUUCCUGUUUCCGGAGACGCAGGACCGCACCCUAGAGGAAUUGGCGUUUAUGUGGGAG